UUACAUAACAAGCCAACGAUGAUCUUACUAAGGAUAUGAUAUCACCCGUUCUAAUAGUAUGGGCUUUUCUGUCGGUUCUGGUUUCCGGUUUAACUACGUAUGCAUUCGUUCAACCUGUGUGGCUUGUUGGUUCAAAUCUGUUAGAUACGUUUGAAAUGAUAAGUUUGUGUUUAUCGAGAACAGUAUUUCCCGGAGGAAGCUUAAAACAGGAAUGUGAGUUUUAUGGUGGAUAUUUCAAUUUGGGAAACUUGCCGUCUGGAGCAUGGCAGGCGGCGUGUGUUUUAUAUGGGACAGGAUGUGUACUACUUUCAUGCGGAGCAUUCUUAGCUGUUUGUACGUCGUGUAUACCAUGUGAUGUUGUUAGGACUGUUACAGUCAUGGCGGGAUAUGUACAGUUUGUCGCAGUUCUAGUAAUGAUUGCAGGAUUAUUUAUAUAUCCAUUAGGAUUUGGAUCAUCGUUUAUAAGACAAUACUGUGGAUCUAAGUCCGUCAUGUAUCAGGCCUACGAUUGUUCUAUAGGCUGGAGUUUUGUACUGGCUGUUACAGGGACGUGUCUAGCCAUGUUUUGUCCAGUUCUGUCACGGUUCACAGACAUGAAAGGUCGCGACAUAAUGCCUUAAUCGGUA